AGUCAGAUACAGGAAAAGCCAAGUUGUUAGUGCCCCUGUCAAGGUGGCGCUACCGACUUCCUGUCUAACGUCGGGUGCACAAACGCAGCCUGCUCAAAGUUUAUAAUAGGAUAAAGCUAUUUAGCUGAGAAUUUGAAGAAACUUUUUCAUCAGUGAGAGGCUUGAACGAUGCCUCCUAACAACCCUCUUACAGUAUGGGGCAAUGAAAAGACAAUGAACCUCAACACCCUUAUACUGACCAACAUCCAGUCAUCUCCAUAUUUCAAGGUCAACUUGUUUGAGUUGAAGACCUACCAUGAAGUAAUUGAUGAAAUAUAUUACAAGGUGGGUCAUUUAGAACCAUGGGAGAAGGGAAGUCGUAAGACAGCUGGCCAAACAGGAAUGUGUGGUGGGGUACGAGGUGUAGGUGCUGGAGGUAUUGUGUCCAGUGCAUAUUGUCUCCUAUACAAACUCUUUACACUGAAGCUGACUAAAAAACAGGUCAUAGGACUCAUCACUCAUGCAGAUUCUCCUUAUAUCCGUGGACUAGGUUUCAUGUAUAUCAGAUACACCCAACCUCCUGCAGAUCUCUGGGACUGGUAUGAAGAGUACCUUGAUGAUGAGGAGGAAAUCGACGUAAAAGCAGGCGGUGGACAUGUGAUGACCAUAGGUGAGAUGCUGCGCCAGUGGUUGGUGAAGCUAGAGUGGUACUCAACCCUCUUUCCUCGCAUUCCAGUUCCAAUUGAAAAAGAUCUGGCAGUAAAACUGAAAUCACGCCCAGUUGUCUACCGCCAGCCUGAACCAGAGCCAGAACACGUUCCAGAUAACCAGGUGUCCUUUGGUGAGGCUGAAAGACGAGGAGGAGACAGAUCUCAGGAUACACGAAGCCGAGGACGUAGUCCGCCUCCUAACAACAGCAGGCAGUCCCGUACAUCACCAUCGUAUAGGCCAUCUCCAUCAAAUCGUCGAUCUUCACCACCACGAAAUACAUCAUCUGCCCGUAGAACACCACCAAGGGAAAAUAACUUUCAGCGUGACCUAGAACGUGAGCGUGAACGGCAGCGACGCGAAGUAGAUAAUCGACGGGAUAAAGACAGAGAGAAGGACCGUGAACGCCGACGGUCACGCAGUCGAGAGCGAAAAGAUAAAAAACACAAGGAAAAGAAAGAAAAAGCUAGGUCACGAUCAAGGAGCCGUGAUAAGAUGGAAGAAAAGGUUAGAGAUCACAGUCACAGGAACAGGAACUCAGAUAAGGAGCACAGACACAAGGAAGCAGACAGGCACAGAAGUAAAGAGCGAGACCACCGACGAUGAAGAUUAUGUCUUAGUCAUUCAAAAUCGAAGAAUGGAACCAGUGUUUGAAAUCUUGUCAUCACUUUAAUCCAGUGAUGUAUUUGUAUUGUAGCACAGACUGUCCCCUGUGUUGUGAAGCUGCUUCUGGGAGUUUUGUCCACAGAAACAAUGACAAUGAGAAACAUUGGUGGUACAGAGGCAGGUGAUUUGUUGAGCCUCAUUUUAGAACACUAGAUAUUGUUAUCAUGUAGUUUUGGGGGGAGUUUAGUGGGACAAUGACUCAUAAUGACCAAGCUUAGAACACUAAAAAUGUUAGAUUCUCAUCACUGAAGAGGAUGACAUUUUUUUUUUUUAAACUGUUAGCUGUUGGUUCAUCUGGUACAAAAAAAUGGACAACCAGCAGGUGGGAAUGAGUAAAGUAUGUUAUGGUCUUUAUCAUCCCCUUCCCCUCAACCACCCACACAACCCAAGCUCACUUGUUGACAAGUGCGAUUUACGUGUUGGUAUUUUCACAUGCAAAUAUCACUGUUCCUUUUUCCAAGCUGCAAAGUGGUAGUGUCGGUUAAAAAAAACUUGAGACCACUGGUCGUUUGUAGAUUUUUUUAUGAUGGAUUUUAUUUUUAAACAUUCAAAUUCUGAAAUGAGAAUAAUAAAUUGUUUAAAGAUCA